AUGUCCGUCCUCCGACCAGCCGCGAGGCAACUGCGACGGGAAGGUAAGCUCACUCGCUGGAGCCAGCUAACUCCAGUGCGCAACUACGCCACCCCCUCCGCGUCGACGACGCCGGACGCUGCCUCGUCCUACCUCUCCGAGCUGCUCGAGCUGCCGUCCUCUGCCGCGUUCCCGCCGCAGCUUGCGCUGCAGCUGCUCACGCACAAGAGCUACCGGUUCGUCAACCGUCUGACGAACAUGAGCGAGGAGGAGCUCGUGCAGAGCCAGGUGUCGCACAACGCUCGUUUCUCCUUCCUCGGCCGCCGCGCGCUCGCGUCAUACCUCGCCAUGUUCCUCCACUCCCAGGUUCGCACGGCUGAGGGAGCACGCAAGACCGACUUCCUCAACGGAAAGGAUAUCGAGACCCGCCUCGCGGACAUGCUGCACGAGAACAACGUUGGACGCUGGGUUGGAGACAAGUGGGGCGUCCAGAACGUCAUGCGGUGGACGGCUAAUCAGAAUGCUCUCGCGAGCAAGGACGCGGCCGUCAAGGGCCAGGCUGUCGCGGCGAUCAUGGGCGGUGUGUUCCAGCACCUCGGAUCUCCGGCGGCGCAGCGUGCGUUCCACAUCCACGUCCUGCCCCACCUUGCGCCGCAGCUCAAGGACCCGGCGCUGAUCGAGGCGGCGCAGAAGCUGGCCGCGAGCGCCGGCAAGGUCGGAGUUGUUGCCAAGCAGGCCGCCUAA